CGUCUCCUCAUAGCAUGCAUCAUCAGCUAGCCGCCCAAAUCUGGUCUGGGCCACCAACGAGCUCACCAGGCUCACCGGAAAUAUGACGAGCGACAGUCGAGACAUGCGCCCACGUGUGCCGCACCCCGCAUUACUUCUACCCCUCCUGGCACCAUAGCUCCAUAGCUAGCUCUGGGCGAUACCGGGGUUAUGCGUUGCUAUAUGUGUAGAGCGCGCCGUCGGCAUGCUUGCGCUCUGUUUCUGCUCUCCUCUGCCUCUCUUGAUCCAAUUCCCUCCUUCUAUUGAAUUCUCUCAUUCGUCGCGUUGUAACGAGCCACUGAACGCCCCAAAGCACCAUGUCUGACUGGUCGGAUCUUACCGCGGCUCUUAAAGGAAGCUUGGACAAGCUCUCUAAGCUUCUCCAAUCCGAUGCACAGCUCAAAGCCUUUACGACUUCGGAUGCCAUUGACAAGGAUGUGACGUUCGGCAUCAAAUCAAGCGGUUCUGACAACACUCUCCUUGUCACAGUCACCAACGGCAGCGCAAAAGCCAGCACCGGCUCUUCGAAAGAUGCCUUGUUCACGCUCUGUGCUCUGCCCGAGCAAUGGGAGCAGCACUUCAAAGCAGUCCCGGCCAUGCCGUACCAGAGCUACUGGGGAAUGUUCGGCAUGAACAUCAAACAGAAAGGCAUUGAAGUCUUGGGCGACCAGACAGCCUUUGCGCAAUGGACGCAUGUCUGGAGGCGCGUCCUCGAACUCACACACGACGCGCAUUGUGGACCGAUGAAGGAGGAGGAGCAAACCGAACCCGAGCGCGACUUCCUUACUGGCAAGUACCUGUACCUCGAAGCUCCCGUAUGGGGUAGGUGCAAAACCUUCUACGAGUACUCUGGUGAAGGAAAGCAGCCCAUUGUCUUCCUACAUACCGCUGGUAGUGAUAGCCGGCAAUACCACGGUGUCAUGAAUGACGCGAAGAUGCGCAAGAAGUGCAUCAUGUACGCAUUCGACUUGCCAGGGCAUGGACGCAGCUUCCCUUCGAAGAACUACUCCCCGGGCGCGCACACGAACACAGAAGACAGCUAUGUGGGCAUCAUCACGGCUUUCGUGAAGGCCCUAGGCUUGCGAAGACCGAUUAUUUGCGGCGCCAGCAUGGCUGGUCAAGUUUGUCUGGCAGUUGCGAUCCGCCACAGGGAGGUUGGCGCUGCAGGAGUCAUUCCGCUACAAGGUUCUGAGUACCUCAACAUGGAGCGACAAUGGCAUGAUCGCUCUCCAGUCAUAAAUCAGUCGCUCUUCAACCCGGAAUGGAUCUAUGGCAUGAUGUCUCCAACCACGCCCCAUGUGAACAAGCAACUCAUAUGGCACACAUACAGCGCGCAAGCCUACGGAAUAUUCCACGGCGACCUCGACUUCUACUUCGGAGGCUGGGACGGACGUUCACGCGUAGCCUCGAUCGAUACCCAGAACUGUCCGGUAUACAUGUUGACCGGCGAGUACGAUUGGUCCAACACCCCAGAGAUGGGACAGAAGACGGCAGACAAGAUACCCGGAGCGAUGCACAAGGCGAUGCCGGACCUCGGUCACUUCCCAGCGACUGAAAACCCGGCAAAGUUCGUGCCGCAUCUUAUCGAGGCGAUCGAUCAUAUACUGAAGAUUCGAUCGCAUAACUUGAGUACCAUGCGGUUGGGUGAUGGUACGGACUAGACAUACAUUGUCCAGCCAUCUCCCGGCAUGUAGCGAUAAUACCUUGUUUAUGCACGAAUAUAUCUACUUCUCUUGAUGGUUCAAUUGACUUUUCACCCCAUCCGAGGGAGAAUCCGAACAGGUGCCCCGAAGUCUACAUUGCCCCGAAAACCUAAGUUUGUAUAUUGUCUAUGGCAAUGUAACCUUCUAAAGUUUUGCUCAGUAAUUGUAUUUCGCAGAAAUAGCUGUCUAGUUUUUCCAUUGAGUGGCGUGUUUUCCUCCGCGACGCAUCUCAAUCUUUCACCUCACUCAAGGAAAAGGCUGUACACUUUGAAGCCUACAUCAAUGCUGAGCCUUCCACAUCG